UCACCAUUGCUGAAAUCCAGACUCGGGGAGGUAUAUAUAAACAGGGCCAGGAGAGCCCUACAUCACAUCCACGGCUAGGAAUCAGCUGGCAAACUUGGUCGGCAAAGAUUCCAGAGAAUGGCAACCUGCCCUCCAAGCACCCACUCCCACCCUCCGGUUACCAACCCUCCGGUUACCAACCCUCCGGUUACCCACCCCCGGGCUCCGAGCACAUCGGAUAGUUUGCCUCACUGCACUCUGGAGUUGGCUCUCGAGAUCAUUGUGAACAUCUACCACCAAUUCGCUCCUCGGGAAGGCAAGGAUGACUUCUUGAGCCUCAAGGACAUGACGGAGCUUCUCAAGAGCCAAGCUCCCACUUUCCUGGCAGCCUGCAACAGAAGCCGUCCAGGCUACAUGAAAGAGCUCUUCAAAAAGGCGGAUGUCGACAAGACCGGACAACUGACUUUUGAGGAGUUCACCAAAGUGUUUGCUCUCCUGGCAGACGAUACCCACCGCCUGAGUCAUGGCGAGGACCGAUGUGGCCCAGACAACGAUUGAGCUCCCCCCUUAAAUUGGUAUUGCCUGUUGUAAUAGCUGCCAAAUAAAGGAUCUGCAUGAGA